AUGUUGCUCAUCCGUGGAGUGGGAGCUGCUGAGAAUUUUCGUCAGCGUAACAUCUUCCCUCUGCCCGAGCUUGGCCCUGAUGAAGGCGGGACUACCGGUGGUGAUGACUGGAGGGCCACUCGUGUGCAACGCCGAGUGAUUUCCCACAUAACAGAGUGCUACAAGGGGACCUAUGAGAACAUUGAUCGGAAUGACAUGGCUGUGUCUUUGAGUAGCCUCUGUUCUUCAUCCAAGACCUAUGACACUGGUCGAAGUGAUGUGCAGCCCUACGUCAAGGAGAAUGUCUCCUGGCCCGAGGUGAGCAACUGCCCUGUGUCCUUGUGCAGCUGCAUGCCAACGGCCGACAGUGAAAGGCUGGGGGCUUGGCGCAAGCAUAUGCUUCGUGAUGUUGCAGACAGUGGGAGAGUUGACAAGCCGGUUAAGCCGUAUGUUGAUCCCAUUCUCAAGAACAAUGCAGUGAUUUAUGGUGAUUUCCUGAAGGAACUUAGCAAAAGAAACAUGGUCAAGUUCAAGAUAGCUAAUGGGGAGCAGAGUAACCUUGGGGUUUUCUUUGUCAAGAAGAAGUCAGGGCAGCUGCGUUUAAUUUUUGAUACUAGGAGACUCAAUGAGAGUUUCCAUGCUCCACCAACCACUGACUUGCCAUCCGCAGAUGCAUUCACACGGACCGAGUUUGUUGAAGGUUCUCAAUUCUACAUUGGCUCUGGUGACCUUGCAAAUGCCUUCUACACCUUGGCUGUCCCUAAUGAUUUAGCUGAGAUGUUCACUAUGCCGGCCAUUGAGGCUGGGAAGGCGGGCAUCUUCAGCGUGAAUGGCGCUGCAGUUGAGGCUGGCACCAUCCCUUUGCCGUACAUCACAGUGCUACCCAUGGGAUGGAGUUGGGCUCUUCAUUUUUGUCAAACGGUGUUGGAAUAUGGUAUUCUCAAAGCUGGGUUUUGCCGCAAGCAGUUUAUUGGGGAUAAACGGGAGGCCGUUGUAUUGAAACAAACCGAUGAUUUGGCAGUUGCAGCUUAUGUGGACAACUUCGGUGUUUUUGGAGCCAACCGCCAGGCUGUUGAUGAGGGGUUGCAGAAGAUCAUCCUAGUUCUGAGAGGCUGGGGUCUGACGGUUCAUGAAAUUGAGCCGGCGAGCCUUCAAGCUGAUUUUGUUGGUCUCUCCUUUGAUGGAACUCAAGGAACUGUUGCGGUGAAGAAGCAGCGAAUUCUCAAGAUCAAGUUUGCAAUUGAUGAGUUAUUGGAGAGACAGUUUUGCUCUGGCCGUACUAUGCAGAGCAGUGAGAAAUGGAGAUUUCGAUUUCCUAAUGCCAUCAAUGCGCGACAUCAUGCGUUGGGCAACACUGAUCCGCUGCCGGCGAACAUCCUAAACACUGAAGCUAGAGCUCUAGUCUGGAGUGCGGAACAUUUGCUGCGCUGCGGGCGGAACUUUGGGCGAAGGCCCAAGGAUUUGAGGGCUGGUGGGAAAGAUCCAAUCGUGAUCAUGCACCCCAAAGUCUUCAAUCAAAAGCUCCGGAAAAAGGUGGAUCGCCAUGUGACUCGUCACCUGCAAAGAAAGGACAAGGCCAUGUUAGAGGGGCAAAUUCCCAUGGGGAUGACAUACCUCGAGGUAGACAACAUUCUGGUAGAGUAUCUUCAGGACCUGUUCGACUCAGGGGUCAAACUGGACUCAGGGAUCAGGCCGGGGGAGACGAGCAAUCUCUUGGUCGGUCAAGUCAUCCCACCCAUGAGCAGUUUCCUGGGGAGCCUUCAAUUCUUUGCGGUCCUGUUGAAUCCUUCAGAGGCAAAGGUCCCAGGCAAGACGGGCAUCUUCGACCAAGGAAUCUUGAUAGACAGCGACAUGUGGAUCAAUCCAAUCCUAAGGAAUCUCAUUCAGAAUCGGCCCAGGAAUGCACCACUUUGGUCUCACAAUCACAAUCAGAUCCUAGAAGUGUUCAACCAAGCAGUAGUGUAUCUGAAGCUGGAGGCGUUGGGAGUCUCUAUGUACACCCUCCGUCACGGAGGGGCAUCAUUCGACAUCAUGAGUCGCCGACGAAGCAUGGAGGAAGUCAAGCAGCGCGGCAGUGUCGGCGAGUCUUCCUUGACCUGUUCUGCGGUGACCACGGUGUUGAGCGAAGUCUCAAACGCAAAGGAACUAGAAGAAGCCAAGAGAGCGGCGAGGGAGAGAAGGCUGCUGCUGGCAGGGUUGGUCCUGGCGGCUGGAGAUUUGGCUUACUUGGCCCUGCCGCAGAAGCAGCAUUUAUUGUGGGCCAGCCUCGUGCGAGAAGAGAAAGAGGUGGGACAGUGUGCGGCAGAAUGGCUUCGGGGCCUAGCUGAGACGCUUGCGAUUCCCUUGUAUGACACCUUGCAUACCGUGGGCGAGUUGGCCUGUCGUCCUUCCAAUCGACAACCGCUCUCAGUUCCACUCAGCUACCUGCGCGACAAUGCGCGCUACUGGACAAAGCACACCUUGAUCGCCUCCGGCAAGCCAAGUCGAAGGUCCACGGGGGAAGUCAGUCCUAUGGCCUCCGAAAGGGGAAAGGUGCAGGUGGUACAGGAAGAACUGCCCGGACAGGUGCUCAACCAGGAGACUAGCAUCGAGUUCCUCAAGAGCGAGCAUUGGCAGCAAGCGAGUCUCUUAAGCCUGGCCACCAUCAACACUGCAGAGAAAUCAGAAGAGCGAUGGUCCUGA